AUGGCCGACGCACCUCCUCCUCCUCCACCACCUCAUGGAGCAAAUCCAAAGUCCACUUCCGCCGGCCUGCCUGAAGGCAACUACGACAUUUUCAUCAUCCCGCCGCACAGCUCAGGCUCUGGCUUUCUCUACCUGCCUUCGCUGCAACCCCAACGCAACUCGUUCAUCGCCGGCUUCGCCUCUGCUGUCUUUUGUUACCUGGUAUGGAUAACAGCCGUGCCGGUCUUGGGACAAUGGCUGUCCAUCAUCGCUGCUAGCGGCAGUCUUGGUAUAUUUUUGCUGGUUGCUACGGUCGGUGCUACAUCGUGGGCUUUUGGCAAGACACAUGGCGAAGGUAAGGGUCAAGGCCCACCGCCGUCGCCGUCUGGUGCUGGAGAUCAAGGGAACGCAAGCGCAGAAGCAGGAAGCACACACAACAGAACCCACAGCGGUCCUUAUAACACCUCGCAUUCCUCGGGCUCUGCUCACGCACAUUCCGCACCACCCCCACGCACACCGAGACAGGACUACUCGACUCCUCCCCCCAGACAGGCUCCUCCACAGCCACAACCAGACUAUUUCCCACAACCACCACCUGAGUUCAAUCCACCACCGCCUGCAUCCCAACCGCCACCAGAGUACACCGCGCCCCCUCCUCCACCUCGACAGGCACCAAAGCCUUCUCCUCCACCUCAACCCAAAUCGGCUCCUCAGCAGCAACCCAAAGCAGCCCCUCCACCUUCACCCAAGCCUGCGCCAUCAUCGGCCACAUCACCCGAGUCGUCGACAAGAUCAGCAUCCGAUGCCGCAGCCAGCUGGGAGAAGGCCCGAGAAGAGACUCGCAAGAGAGAGGAGGCUAGAAAAAAGGCAGAUGAGUUGAGAAAACUACGCGAGGAAGCGCUGCGGAAGAAGGAGGAAGCCGAUCGACAGGCAAGAGCAGCUGCUGAAAGGAUCAAAUGGGAGCAAGCCAGGGCUCGCGAGAAGGAAGCCCGUGAGCGAGAGUCAAGAGAGCGCGAGUCCAAGGAGAAGGAGGUCAAGGACAGAGACGCUAGGGAGAAAGAGAAGCGCGAGCGCGAAGCCCGAGAGCGACUCGCAAGGGACAAGAAAGAAAAAGCUGCCUUCGCUGCGGAAGCUGCAAAGUCACCACCCAAACCCACCACCCCUGUCGCCAACAAGUAUGAGCGCCCGAGUGCGCGAAGCUAUGCUAGCACUGAGACAACAAGUGCUUAUGACGCCCGCACUGUCACGUCCGGUUCGACGGCCUCAUCCUACGCAGAGACCUUGUCUUCGUAUGCACCGUCGACCUCUACAGCCCGCACUAGCCCGACACCCGAGUACCGUGGGCCAUACAAUACCUCUGAUCCUGACAAGAUAGUCAUCAAGGCCGUGUAUUUGUACGACUCUGCAAUGCCGAAGAAGCCAAUCAGCCAACUUGUCAGCGGCGAAGCCAAUGUCACCGAUGGCCUCAUCUUGAAAGUCAACACGGAAGGUCUUUUCAUCGACGACGACAUACGCCGUGUCAAACAACGCGAAUGGGACGUCAAAGCUUGGUCUCUCAAGGCUAUUGAGAGAGGCAAACUGAGUCCGCACUAUAUGCUGCGUGCCACCAUCAGAGACCAAGGCAAACAGUACAUCUUUGUUCUCCCAUCAGAUCAGGAGUGGAAGGUCGAUGUUGGACUGGAGCGCUUGCGCAAAGGUAAUCUGGUCCGCAGCAUGGGUAUGAACACCAUCAAGGCGCCUGAAAUGAAAGGUUUGCUCAGCGACCUUGGAUGGGUCUGA